AUGAACUUGUGGCUGGAACUUUUAUUACCAUUCGUCUUAUUCAUAUUUGCAGGUCCUACAAUCCAUCAACAGUUGCAGGAAUUAGGGGGUCUGGACAACAUUACAGCGACACCCCCUGGAUGGCCUGUCAGUGACGACACUGUGAUGCAUAUUGCCACUGGAGAAGCCCUUGCCAGUGGAAAGACAGAUAAAGAAGCGAUGCUGUUGGAGAUCGCUGCCAAGUAUAAAGAAUGUAUGAAAGAUAUGGAAGGAAGGAAACCUGGACCCACAUCCAUAUUGGGCACAGACCUCCUGCAGCCUGAUAAACCAGGUGGAUACAUUAUCCCAUUCAAUCCAACUGGGACGGGAUGUGGAGCUGCCAUGAGAUCUAUGUGUAUUGGAUUAAGAUAUUCCACUCCAGAGGACCUUGAUGACCUUAUAAUGUACAGUAUAGAAAGUGGGCGAAUGACACACAACCACCCUACAGGAUAUCUGGGAUCUCUGGCUAGCGCCUUGUUCACCUCCUAUGCUGCACAGCUGAAACCAA